CCAUUACAAAUGUCACAACCAGCUGUCUAGGUUUCGUAAAAACGCAGUUUGUUGAUAUCAGAUAAAUUUUUGUUAUAAAAAUAACCAAAUUUAUUUCGCAAAUAAACAUAGAUAACUAUGAAUUUUUAAUCGAUAAAUCAUACAAUUAUUCCACCAAUUAUAACUACAAAUUACUCUCUCUAAUAUAGCUCCAAUAUACACUAAUCAGAGCACCGAUUCAGAAACUGUAUAUGUGGCCAUUUAAAUGCAAAAAUUAAAAAGAAAAGAAAUAAAAUAAAAUAAAUAGCCAAUGAGAUCACCACAAUAGCUCUGAUAUGUGCAGCAGCUAUCCGAUGUCGAAUGAUAACUGACCUAAAUCAUAAGUUAAUGCAUAUAACAUUCCAAAAUGUUUAACAUUUUUAAAAGACCGGGGCGAACAACCGAACGACGGCACUCGGAAAAAAAUAAUGCAAAACGACAUUCCAUUAGUCUAUCCACUAAUAGUUCCACAAAUGAAGAAUCCCCUUACAUCGAUGAAAUCUAUGAUAUUAACGAAGAACAACCAAUAUUCGAAUAUGGUUCACGCUUGUCUAUGAAUCUAAAUGCAAUCAUCAACGAGAAAAGUUGCCUCAUUUAUUUUGUGCAGUUUUUAGAGGCAAAGAAGGCUUUGCCCCUGAUAAAAUUUUUUCUAGACACAGAGAAUUUCAAAACUGCAUCGGAGAAUGAAAAGAAAAACAAAAAUCCAGACGCAAGUUGCUGUGUUUGCAGCUUUUCAGAUCAUGCUAACUGUGAUUGGAUACCGAUUAAAAAUCAAAACUCUUCCGUGAAGGAUUCCAAGGAUGUCCCUGAUAACGAUAACAAAAAUAGUGAAAACAAAAAUGAUGUAUCUGGUGCAACAACUCGUUACGACCUAUCAAUGCAAAAAUCUCUAACUGACGAUGAAAAAAGUCAAAUCUACGCCGAAAAUAACAAACGUCAACUAGUUUAUUCAGAGAGUACGACUUCCAAACACACAUGCAAAACAACAGAUGCGAUUUCCAUCUACAAAAAGUAUUUUAUGCCAAAUUCUGAGCAACACGUUUCGCUUCCGGUCAGCAUACUUUCCGAGAUUUCACUGGUUCUUUGCUCUGACGAAAGGCAAUUGUGCCAGAGCCAAACAAUUCCAACGAACCUAUUUGAAAAUGCCCGGCAUUAUGCAUUAGGAAAGCUAGAACAAGAUUACUUGAAUGAGUUUCUACAGAGUGACUUAUAUUGCAGAUACUGCAUCGAAUUUUUAAGUAGCUCCGAGAUUAUACUUAACGAUAUACUUUACAGUGAAUCAGCUCUUUUUUAUUUUAUGGAGUACCUAGAGCAAGAAAACCAACGUAAUUGUCUGGACUUUUGGAUGGCUGCCAUAAAUUUUCGUAAGCACUAUGAAAAUGCAGCUAUUGGCGACUCGAAUCGCAAUGAAGCACAAUCGGAUGCAAUGAUUCUCUACGAAAAAUACUUCUCCUUACAAGCUAAUUUUCCACUAAGAAUAUCUCCGAACAUUCGCAGCAUAAUCGAGGAGUGUAUCUGUAGCAAUGAAUCUAGAUCUAGAAUCAGUCAUUGCUUUGACCGGCCAUUAAAAAUAAUCGAACACUACUUGGAGAGAGAAUUCUUUCCAAAUUUUCUCGAAUCUCAACUGUAUUCUAAAUUCUUAGUCGAACUGCAAUCUAAAUUAAGUGAUCAUAAUCGCGUGGAUAUUGCCAGUAAGCAAUUGACGAAUCCCAGGGUUUCUAAACACCGCAAAACCAUGUCCGAUUGCACAAAUAAAACUUCAAAAGAUCUGAGGAAGCAUUUUAUAUCACAGCACAAUACACUUCUAGCUAUGGAGAGCCAUAACAGUGUACAAUCAAAAAAGAACGCCUGCUCAUCAAUAAACAACAGUUCUCCAGACAUGCACAUUGAUUCCAGACAUUUUGUCGAUCCAGACAUGUUGUGGCAACGACAUCAAACCAGUGGCAAUGUGUUGAAAUUUGGUCGAGUCAAUUCGCUGGGGCGUUUUGAAAGGGAUUUCGAAAUAUUUCCAACAGCUUCAAAGAAUUGGUCACUGACUGGCAUGGGGAGUAGUACAAUUAAAAAUGUCGUCAGGAAGCUAGUGAAUAUACCUGAGGAUAAAAUACAAGAAGAGAUUGCUUGGCAGAUAGCCGAAAUGAUUGUAGAUGAUGUUUUAAGCAUAACCAUGAGUAGUGAGCUAUCAUCACGCAAAUCUAUAUAGUUUAAUCCUAAUUUAAAAAAAAAAAAUUCGACAAGUUAAUUAAUAACUUAAUAUAAAGCUUUGAUAGCCGAAGUGAUAUGAGCAACAUUUGUAUGAUAAAAAUUAUGUUUUUAUUUAAUUACAUUUAAUUUCAUUAAUACAUACAUAAAUAUAAAAUACUAUUUAUUAAAAUAACUAGGUACAUUAAUGCAAAAAUAAUCAUUUUUUGGAAUUUCCUUUUUAAAUUAAAAACUAAAUUUUAUUUAACAAAAUUAUUUAUUUUAUUUAUGGAAGAUGUGUAUAAGCUUACAUACAUAUAUGCAAUCGUCUUUUUUAUAUGAAGCUCUGGUUGUAACUCUUAGUGCCGCCACGUAUUUGCUUGAUGAGCAAUUGUAAAAUGCAUUUAAGUACGUUCUUCCUUAUUUCGUAUAACAUGCAUUGUUGCUUGUUUUUAUUAAAACUUAGACCGACAAAAUAAUUUCAAUAAAAUUAUAAAUAAAUAACGGCCACAGCUAUUUAUAAGAAACACCGAUGAAAUAACAACUCUUUAUAAUGUUGUUUUAUUAUAUUUUUGACUGUGUUCCAAAGUGUCUUCAAUGUAAAUUUCAGUUAUUAAGGUACAAGGGUGGAAAAAGGAUCAGAUUACGAACCGAUUCCUAUUUUCUUAAAAAUUUAAUUUUUUUUUUUAAAUAUUUUAGUUCUUCUUUAAAUUACUUCAUAAAACUGGCCGUUAUAUGAGUUGUAACCAUACAAACGUAAAAUCCAAACUGUUUCGUUCAAAAUACCGAUACUUAUUCUGAAACUCAUUUUAAUGAUUAAAUUGUUAAAAAAUUCAAUAAUAGUAAUAAUUACAGUAAAGAUUUCUGAUAAAUUGAUAUCUUACAUUUUGUGAGCUUAGUAACAAAUUAAUAAUUUACCAUAUUUCAAAAAAUUUGCACAGGAAACGUCCAAAAAGUACAUUGUUGAACAAAAAUUACUAUGGAGAAUUAAAAACAAAAUUCUUUUAUGGCUUGGUUUGGUUGGGACAUCAAAUAGAUUUUGAAAUAAAAUAUUUCCCUUUUGUUUGCCAUUUUC